AUCCUCUAAAUCGUAUUUGGUUCUUUUCGAUAUGAUUUGUUUAUAAAAUUUACUUUGUAACUAAAUCAGGGUGAUGGAAGAUGAAUACUAUUGCAUUUGCGCGCUUAUUACUGGUUAUUCCGCAUCCGCAGUCAUCACUUCAGUCUCCACUGCGAGCUCUAUCAAAGUAACAAAUUAUAUUAACAAAUUAAAAGUAAAUUUUACAAAAAUCAUAAUUUGCAUGACUCUAUCAAAGAGAUCUUCAAGAUCUAUGGAAAUUAUAUAAACAAAGACAAAAGAGAAAAGUAAACAGAGCAAAAAUUUCUUAUGUCGAGUUUCUAUUUUAUCGAAUAUCUAGAAUUCUGUAAAGUUACAAAUUAAAAAUUUUAUUUAAUUGGCCGUAAAUAAAACCUACAUUUCUCACCAAAGACUCGCUCAAAAGUUACAACACAUACCUUACCUUUCUCCUUGUUUCUCUCUUCCCCACUGACAUUACCUUUCCCACACGCAACCUAAGAACAAAUCCUUUUUUUAUUCCUCAAGCAAUCUACGAAACCAAUCACAAUAUUGCUAAUACGACCGUUUUAACUCCACAGUCUUCAACAUGUCUAUGUCUAUGCCCACGACCGAAACAAACAAUAUUAAACCAGUCCGCAAUCUCGUUUCAACGCCGGUCACAAUUUUUUUGACCGGUGGUCUUCUCAUCAUUCUCACCAGUUUCUUCUCCUUCUUCUUCUGUGGAUCUUUUCUCAAGAAACUCUUAAACAUUUGGAACAACCUUAGAAACCGAAACCGUCCUAGUAACCUAAUCCAACCCUCUAUUCCCCCUGAACAUGUUGGCCUUGGCUCCAAGAUCAUUCAAUCCUUCCCUGAGUUUCCAUAUUCGGUGAAAGAUCGUGGGAUGGAUCAGUGUUCUAUUUGUUUGAUAGACUUUAUAGAUGAUGACACCAUGAGGCUCAUUUCUACUUGUAAUCACUUCUUUCACACAAUUUGCAUUGAUCUUUGGUUUGAGUCACACAAGACUUGCCCGGUGUGCCGACGCCAGCUUGAUGUAGAACAGACCACACAAGAAGAGCAGCCGGCUAUUCCUGAAAUUGACUUAGUUACAUCUGAAAGCCAUGAAGAGCGUUUGUCCCGCGACACUUUGACAAUCAUCGUUCACGAGGAGCAUCCUACGACUACAACUAUUGGUAUUAAUUUAGACCAAACAGACGAGAUAGAAAACUAUGAAAGGCGAGUGAAAGAGCCGAAUUUGCGGUUUUGGAGGUCACAUUCUACUGGACAUUCUAUUGUUGUUAAAACCGAAACCGAACAAUCAGCAGAAGAAAAGGAAAAGGAAGAAUUUAAUAUACAUAUUGAGAUCUCUGGAGAAUGUCAAUUUGAAGAUCACAUGAGAAAUUUACCGAACAGAAAUCUGUAUUGUGUUAGGGGAACUUAUUCAGUAGGAUAGAACCUAAGAAUGUGAAAUGGGUUGGCUAAUAUAUCAUUUACUGGAUCCAACAAUGAAAUUGUGUUCUCUUGUCUUAAAGGUCCAAUAUUAUAAUUCUUUUGUAUACCAUAGGUUAAGGUAUUAUAGAUUGUAGUAAUGUCUAUACUCAAAUAUAUGUACUUGAAAACAAACCA